AGGAGGUGUUCCUGGUGGCCAUCUUGGAUGCGCGAGGUGAUUGUUUGGCGAAUAGAAAUAACAGGAAAUAAGAAUAUAGCGUGAAAAGUUGGAAAUUGCGCUGGAACUGAAGGGUAUAUUAAGAGGGGAACUCAGGAAAACCAGAAAAUAAGGCAUGAAGAAAACAUCAUAGUCAAAGUCAUGGCUGAUAAAAGAAAACUUCAAGGUGAAAUAGACAGAUGUUUGAAAAAAGUUGCGGAAGGAGUAGAGCAGUUUGAGGACAUUUGGAAAAAGCUCCACAAUGCAGCCAACGCCAACCAAAAAGAGAAAUAUGAGUCUGACCUCAAGAAAGAGAUAAAAAAAUUACAGCGUCUUCGAGACCAGAUUAAGACGUGGGUCGCCUCCAAUGAGAUUAAAGACAAAAGGCAGCUAGUAGAAAACCGCAAACUCAUAGAGACGCAAAUGGAGCGGUUUAAGAUUGUGGAACGGGAGACCAAAACAAAAGCGUACUCUAAAGAGGGACUCGGCCUUGCUCAGAAAGUCGAUCCUGCACAAAAAGAAAAAGAAGAGGUCGGGCAGUGGCUAGCGAACACGAUAGACACUUUGAACAUGCAAGUGGACCAGUUUGAGAGUGAAGUAGAAUCACUUUCUGUCCUGACUAAAAAAAAGAAAGGAGAAAAAGAGAAGCAGGAUCGAAUAGAGGAACUGAAACGAUUGAUAGAGAGGCACCGGUAUCACAUCCUCAUGCUGGAGACCAUCCUCAGAAUGCUGGACAAUGAAUCGUUACAGGUGGACAGCAUCCGCAAGAUCAAAGACGACGUAGAAUACUACCUUGAUUCUUCUCAGGAUCCUGACUUUGAGGAGAACGAGUUCCUUUAUGACGACCUUGAUUUGGAGGAGCUCCCCCAGCCACUGGUGGCCACGUCUCCAGGUCACGGAGAGGACGAAAUGUUCCAGCAUUCCAGUUCCACGCCGACCUCAACAACGUCAUCUUCGCCCAUACCUCCCUCCCCGGCUACUUGCACUACGAAUUCGGAAGAUGAAAAGAAAAGAGGUCGUUCGACAGACAGUGAAAUCAGUCAGUCACCUAAUAAGAACGGAAAUCCAUCUUCAUCCCUAUCCUCCUCCUCUUCAUUGUCCUCAUCUUCGGGAGCCUCUUCAAACUCUUUGAUCUCCAUGGCAAAUAUCGCCAGCAGUGGAAGCUCGACAUCAGGGGGCAGCAGCCUCUUAGGCAGCCUGGGCGGCUCUGGCAGCUACAGUUCAGCCACCCAGCAACAAACGCAGCAAUCCCAACAACCACACCAAUCCAAAAACUCCAUUUCAUCCCAGUCCAAUGUCAACUCUGCCUCCUCCAGCAACAGUAUCUUAUUUCCAACACUCACCUCCACUUCGCCACCCAACACCAGCACACUUGGCUCACUUACGUCCAACUCUCAAAGCCAGCCUUUGUCGGGGACAGGUUCUGCCUCCGGUAUGGGCAUCGGGAAGGGUACAACGUCGUCAAGUGCCGCAAAUCAGAUCCCAGGCUUGGUCCUAUCAGGGAUGCCGGCAUCCUUGAGCAGUAUGACCGGGUUUUUGAGCGGAUCUAACCCAGCACCUUAUGCGCAAGCGGCUGCCGCAGGAGCUGUGGGCAGUGGACUCUCAGCGACCAUUGGAACAAAUGUUAGUAGUACUAACUCCAGUGGAGUUGUAACCUCAGUGGGGACUAAUGGAAGCUUGGGCUCCACAAGCCUCUUGGACUCCACAAGCCUCUUGGGCUCAGGGUCUGGUGUUUUGGGUCUUGGGUCGAUGCAGUCCGCAGUGGAGCCUUUGCCCCUGGUGGCUCCCAGCCCUGUGGGAGGAGGACUGUCCUCAGGUAGCAGUGUGGGAGUUAUUGGAAGCAAUGCAGGGACUUCUGGGACAGGAAGUGCAACAGCUGUGGGAAGUGCUGUGUUACCACGACCGCCUAGUGCACCGAAACAAAAUGGUGGUACAAGUUAUAGUGCUGUGGUAGCAGACAGCAUGUCAGACUCCGCCCUCAACAGUGCCAGCCAAUCACAGAACAGCCAAUCCUCAUCCUUAAAUUCCAUAACAAAUCAGCUUAAGGACAGUGGUUCCAGCCUUCUGGGGUCAAUGACACUGCCGCCCAGCUUGCCGUCGUACAGUGAGAGUAAACCGGGUGCUGGCAGCCUGCUGAAUGGUCCUCACUCCUACACACAGGCUGCCGACACCAUCAAGCCUCAGGAGCCUCUGAGUUCUCUCAAAUCGAUGGCAGAGCGGGUUGCCCAGGGGUCAGGUUUAGAAGGAGAGCUGUCUGCACUACAUAUCACUACUGAUAUAUUCCCCAGCUCCACGGCUCCUUCAGGCCCUCCAGCAGCUCCUCAGCCAGCACAGUCAGAGGUGAACAUCCCCCCAUCAUUAGGUGUGUGUCCGCUGGGGCCCGCCCCUCUCUCCAAAGAGCAGCUCUACCAGCAAGCCAUGCAGGAGUCCGCCUGGACACACAUGCCUCACCCGUCCGACUCUGAGAGAAUCAGGCAGUACCUGAUGAGGAACCCAUGCCCAACACUGCCUUUUCACCACCAGGUGCCACCUCCCCACUCUGACACUGUGGAGUUCUACCAGAGACUGUCCACAGAGACCCUCUUCUUCAUUUUUUACUACUUAGAGGGUACAAAAGCGCAGUAUCUAGCAGCCAAGGCCUUGAAAAAGCAGUCGUGGAGAUUCCACACAAAAUACAUGAUGUGGUUCCAGAGGCAUGAGGAGCCCAAGACCAUCACUGAUGAGUUUGAGCAAGGGACAUACAUUUACUUUGACUAUGAGAAAUGGGGCCAGAGGAAAAAGGAAGGAUUUACAUUUGAGUACAGGUAUCUUGAGGACCGAGACCUUCAGUGACGGAUGGACAACAAGAAUGGAGGACUACUGACAACGUUCCGGACUGAAUCAACACACACAUGUACACUCUUUCAUUCACUGAGGUGAAGAUCCAGAUGUAUAUGCGAGGCUGUUUUAUGUCUUGCUGGUGCACAAUGCAUCUGGAGCCCCUCCCACUCUUUUCAAUCCUCCCCACCCGCAAGCCACUCCCUCCCCUUGUGACUCUGCCCUCUCAUUAAAUCAAGCUUAACAGCAUUAAACUUCCAAACUAGAUCAUGAAACUUUAUGGAGCAUCAUUGUGCCAAAGAAGAUGUUGAAUGUGGUCAUGCAAAGCAUUCACCCUUAUCGGCAAAAUUACAGCAAAAACAAAAAUAGAUGUGGGUUUUUUUUUUAGCAAUGGCUAAAUGAAGUUUCACUAUGAUAUUGAUGGCGUAAAACUAAAACAAGAGUUUUCUGAGCUAUAGUUGUUUUGUGCAGUAAAUUAUACCUUUUAAAGUUAUAGUGAACAUCAGCAAUGAUUUAGCACAACCAUAUUCUAGCAUAUAACUAAAUUUUGACCUAGGAACCUUUUUGGUUUCUUGCUAAGUUACACCCCAGUCUUGCAGGCUCUGAUCAAUGCCCAGGUCUUAAUUCAUAAUUCAUACAUAUUAGCUUUCAAGUACAUGCCCCCAUACACUUAAUAGUGAUAUUUAUAGCUAUGCUAUCACUGUGGCACUGAAUAACAGAGAGAUUAAUGAGUGAGUCUACAGCACCAGCUAUUAUUAAAAGCAUACUAUUUUAAAGGUGUGUUUAUAGGCAUUAACAUAAGAAGAGACCAAGUUGCUAGACAGUAUUUUUUUUUGCCUCUGUGGUCUGUUUGUUUAAUAUACAGAGCUUUUAUUGAGGCUCAGAAAGGGAAUUCGUGUGUUUGCCCAUUAAUACGGUAAAUGUACAAUGCAGCUAAAUUAUUUGGACAUUUUUGAAAGUGAAACAAUAUUGAAAUGCUUUCCAGAGGUUUGUAGACAUCACUAACUGUUCACAUUUUUUUUCACAAUGACAGUUUUCUGAUGUUUUAUGCUACAGUUUUGGUCCCCCCUAUUUGUUUGUGCUGGGUAAUUGUGCAACCACAGGAAUAAUUUAAUAAGAAAAAAUGCUGUUGAGGGGGAUGUGGUUAAGUCAUUUUUAAGUUUCUUUAAAAUUCAUCAAGAAUGUAUUGUGAAAUACUAGACCUACAAAUUGACUGUCCAUGUUUUUAUCUUAAUGUUUAUCUUUUGUGUGACGAGCGUAUGGAAGAGAGCAGAAAUGUGAUUAUAUAUGUGUGUGUGUGUGUAUGUGUGUGUGUGUGUGUA